AUGUCCUCCAACGACGACUACGACGCGCUGCCUGCAUCCCUUAGACGCAAAAUCGACGAUGCUUUUGACGCGUUCGUCGAUGAAGAUAAGCCAGAAGACGGUUAUGCUGAGCCUGCUCAUUAUCCCUCUGGCGACACCAUGCAGGCAGGCGGAUUUAUUCUUGAAGACGAGCCCGGUGGCUUCAUUCCGCCUGGCACAAACGAUGCAGGCGGAUUCAUCCUUGACGAGCCAGGUGGGUUUGUCAUAGACGAACCCGAACAAUCAGCAGGAGGGUUUGUGGCGGAGAAACUCUCAGCACCGGCUGCUUCAUCGUCCAGACCGAGGAAGCGGGCAAAGAAGCACUCGCAUAUCCCUCUGUCCCUGGUACCGCAAGCUCUGGCGAUCUUGGACUUGCCUGACGAUGAUGAAGUCCUUCAGGUCUUUAGGAACGCUGCGUCUGGUUGGAUAGCACCCCCUGGUAGUGCUGGGGACCCGCCUAGAGGGCGGGGGGAGGAGAUGGUUAACCGCGAGGACUGGAGGGCGGUAUGCGCUGCGCUGCUCGGCGGUGUAGGGGAGGGAGAUGAGGCUGUGAUGGACGUUGAUAAAGGGGAAGGUGUACUGGAGGGAGGUGAGGAAGAAGAGGGCGACAGUGACUUGACGCCGUACAGCGAGGAAGAAGACGAGGGGGAUAAUGAGUCGGAUGAAGAUUUUUCCCCAACCAAGACCUCCAAAACCAAGACGGGACGUGGACAGAGACCCGUAGGACAUUCCAGCUCCCCUUCGCGCACGGUCACACCUACCAAGCGGAAGAGAGCACCGUCGCCUUCUGACCUUACCGCUCGGCAGAAGCAAGCGGUGUUGGUCACGUUCUCCCUGUUCUUUGAUGAUGUUCGUGAUAUUGAGCAGCGCAGGAUUGGGGUGAAGGAUAUCCAGAGGGCUGCUAGGGAUUUGAAGGAAAAGAUUGGUCUUGACGAAAUCCAGGAUAUGCUACAGGAGUUCUCUCCCUCUCCUGAUUACACCAUUGGCUUGGAGGAGUUCGGGAGGAUCAUGAUCGAGGCAGGUCUCGUCUGA